AUGACGACUCAAUCCCCUCACGCAACCUACAUGCAAAAAUGCCUUUCUCUCGCCGAACAAUCCCCUCCUCGCCCGACAAACUUCCGCGUCGGAGCAAUCCUCCUCUCCCGCAAAGACAACGACCCAACGGGCUCAGCCGACCAAAUCCUCUCCACAGGAUACACAAUGGAGCUCGCUGGCAACACCCACGCCGAACAAUGCUGCUUCGCCAACUUCGCCGCCGUCCACGGCGUCCCCGAUGACCAAGUCGGCUCAGUGUUACCCGCCGAGCCGGGCCGCAAGCUCAUCAUGUACGUCACGAUGGAGCCAUGCGGGAAGCGGUUGUCGGGUAAUGCGCCGUGUGUGCAGCGGAUUACGCGGACGCGCGAGAGCGGGCGGCCCGGUAUCCAGAAGGUGUAUUUUGGGGUAAAGGAGCCGGGGACGUUUGUGGGGGAGUCCGAGGGGUGUAGGAUGUUGACUGAUGCGGGGAUUGAGUGGGAGCAUGUGGGUGGGUUUGAGAGGGAGAUUUUGACGGUUGCGACGGCGGGUCAUGAGCAUAGUGAGGCGGAGGUUAGAGCUGCGCUGGGGGAGGGUGAGAAGGGGAAGGCGAAGGAGACGAAUGUGGAUGAUAUCAGUCCGGAGGAGAGAAGACGGCAGGAGCAGAUUCCGCGGAAUCCGAAGAAGAGGAUGAUGGAAGGGGAGACUCCGCUGUAUUAG